UUCCCUUUCCUUCGCCACUCCUAUGUCCAGUCCACGACCCGAGCGACUCCAGUCCAGUCCUGUGGCCAUGGCGGGUCAAGUCAAAACGGACACACGACCCCUUUUCGACGGAUCCGCGACUCCCCUUCUCCCUGCCACUUCUCUCGUGCCGUCGAUCGACAGCGACGAGGUGCUCCCUCCCUGUCGCCCCGCGCUGCUUCCUUGCUCCUGGCUCUCCCUGCGGCGAGAAACCAGGGAGCAAGGGAGCGAGGCGCUGUCUGUCGGUCCGUUUGGCCGAGCCCGAUGGGCGCUAGCGCCAUGGGCCACUUUAUUACGCCGUGCGCGCCGGGUGCUGCAUUCACCGCGCCCGCCCUUGUUCCGAGCUCCACCGCGCGAGCUCUGCCAGAGGCGCUGGCCAUCACCUUCCCAUUUUGCCACAGCCCCACGCGGUGUCCUGCCCGCAGCGUCGCGUGCCUCACGGUGUGGCGGAAGGGGAACGAGAGGCGAGUGAGAGCGGCGUACUUGAGCCUGCCUCGCUGCGGCGUGUGAGCCAGCGGCGUGUGAGCCCGCCUCGCAGCCCGGCUGUCGCCAUGCCGGAAUGUGCGCUGUCACGCCGCGCUACGUGCCCGCUUGUCGCGCUGACGCGUGGUAGCAGCACGCCCGCGCAACAUCUGACCGGAACGCCAGUUGAGGCAAAACACUCGCGUCGACUCAACGGCUCUCGUCGCGACCAUGCCGCCGUGCUGCUCCUGCUGCCGUUGCUAGUGCUGGCGGCAGCGCAGGCAGCGUCAGCGACGGACGACAGCGGCAGCAGCAGCAGCAGUCGGCGGUUCAUCAUCGCGCCUCUGCGCGGGUUGGACGAGCGCAUCGACGUGUUCUCGCUGCCCGAGCGCCUGCUGUUCGCCGGCACGGCGACACUACCGCCCAUGGGCGACGCGAGUGACGGUGGCCAUGGCAGCAGCGACAGCCACAGCAGUGCGGCAGGCAUCGGCAGUGGCGGUGGCGGUGGCGGCGGUGGUGGUGGUGGUGGCGGUGGCGGUGGCGGCGGUGGUGGUGGUGGUGGUGGUGAUGGUGGUGGUGGCGGUGGUGGCGGUGGUGGUGGUGGCGGUGGCGGUGGCGGUGGCGGUGGCGGUGGCGGUGGCGGUGGCGGUGGCGGUGGCGGUGGCGGUGGCGGUGGCGGUGGCGGUGGCGGUGGCGGUGGCGGUGGCGGUGGCAGUGGCGGUGCUGGUGGUGCUGGUGGUGCUGGUGGUGCUGGUGGUGCUGGUGGUGGUUAUGGUGGUUAUAGUGCUGAUGGUGGUGAUUCUGGCGACAGUAAUGAGAGUGGUGAUAACGGGGACAGCAGCAGUGGUGAGAACGCGGAAGGAGGAGAAGCAGCCGAGGCAGGCAGUGGUGGAGAGGACGGCAGCAGCAACGGCAGCAGUGGCAGCGAUGCUGGCACAGGGGGCAGUGAGGGGGACGGAGGCGAUGCUGACGCCAUCCCCAGCAGCAGCAGCAGCAGCAGCAGUGCCAGUGGGUCUGACAGCAGCGGCUCAUCCGCGUCUGCAUCUGCAGCGGAGGGCGACCCCAGUAAGGCCAUAGAGCAGCGCAACGAGGCGGCCAUCACACGCAUCCGAUGCACGGCGCGGGCGCAAGAGGGGGUCAUGCGCGGCGAGGGAGGUGCGGGGGAUGGGGGAGGAGAAGGAGGGGCGGCUGCAGCAGUAGCUCCUUCUGCCGCCCCUGCUCCGGCUCCUGUUGCCGCCGUUGACCCGCUGCAAGUGCUGUUUGUGCAGCAGCUGGCGCGCGCAGGGGCAGUGGCAACACGGUCUACAGAGGUGAAGGCAGUGGUGCGGGGGAGAGCGGCUGUGGGGUUUCCUGGGAUCAGCCAGUACAGCGAGGUCAACAGCGGCACGCCACCCCGAUACAACAACUCGGUGGUGCGUGUCACCCCACCUGAUGGCGGCUUGUGUGUCGGCAAUGGGUAUAUCCUCCAAACCGUGAACACUGCGCUUGUGGUGUACAGCACGCAAGGGCGGCAGCUCACUCGCACCAUUCCACACAACGAGUUCUUCAACGCACUGCCAUGGGUGGUGCAGCGGCGGGAGCCCUAUAGCGUGUCCGUGUUUGGGGAUAACAUCGGAGACAUGUCGUGCACCUAUGACCACAGGGCUCGGCGCUUCUACCUCUCCUCCUACUGGCUGUCUGGUGGCGCCAGCAACACGUUUGACGUGUUCGGGCAGACGAGGGUGCGUGGUAACCGCACGGUGGGGUCGGGGGUCAUAGUGGCGGCGUCAACACAGGCCGACCCCACCGGCCCUUGGAACGUCUUCUUCAUCCCUGGCUCCAAUGACGGCAACAACUCCAACCCCGACUGGAGUGCACCUCUCUUCUACAACACAUCGCAGCUCACAACUCUCCAGGACUACCCGCAGAUCGGCACCGAUGCCAAUGGUCUGUUUGUGUCGGUGAAUCAGUUUGGCCUGGAGGAGUCCAAGUACUUUGGCGCCAACAUCUAUGCCAUCUGCAAGGAUCAGCUAUCCCAGCCUCAGAGCGCGUCCAUCCUCCGCUUCGCCAUCCCCUACUCGCCCGCGCUCACCAGCCCCUCCUACACCGUGUACCCUCACAAAGUUCCUGCCGAUGGCUCCUACGACUACUCCAACAGCGGCACCAUGUAUUUCGGCUGGAUGGCCGUUAACCCCAAUGCAGCACCGACUGAGACUGUCCUCGUUCCCAACUUCACUUAUGUCGGAGCAUUCGCUCUCACGGGUACCAGUGCGCUCGGCUCUUCCCAAGCCGUUGAUCUUAUCACGCCGCACAUCGCAGCCGUCCAAACGCCACCGUUUUUCAUGCCGAUGCCGGUGAGGCAGAGGCCAGGGCCCACCCCCACGGCAUGGCGGUUCAACCAGAGGGAGGCGGCAAUAGACGCGUUUGCAGCGGGCAUGCAGGCGGUGGUGCUGUUCCCACAGCAGCGCACCAUGUGGCUGGCAUUCACCUCCGCAUUCGGCCCCGCUCUCGGCUCCUCCUCUGUGGUGCUUGCCAGGCUAAGGCUUUAUUUAGAAAGGGUUGCAUCUGAAGAGUCAUCAGGGGAGAUGGCAUCGGUAGUGCCUGCGGAGGAGGUGUUAUCUGAAGGACCUGUGGGGGAGGCGUCAAGUGGGGGGUGGUCGUUCCGGGUGGAGUUGGAGGGGUUCAAGGCCGUGGGCGUGCGGGGACAGGGCAACAGCCUGCUGCGACCAGCGCUGGCGCUCAACAGGCGCGGCAGGGGCAUGCUAGCAGCAGCACUGGCAGGCCCUUCAUUCUACCCCUCUGCUGCCUAUGCCCUCGUGGAUGCGCGCCUCCGUGUUGGCGCAGUCACAGUGGCAGCACCAGGGAGAGCUCCCCUGGAUGACUACUCUGGGUACCUGUUUGAGGAGCGCGUGAUGCGGUACGGCGACUACCACACAGCCACCACGGACGAGCACGGCAACGCGUGGGCUGUGGUGGAGUGUCUGCCCGGCGUGCCGCGCACCGAGUGGACCAACUGGGCCACCUACAUCUUCAAGGUCGACCUUUAGUCUAACGGUGCCAAUAGGUGCUUAGUUUCUUCAAUACACGGCAUUCAAAGGACGCAUGCCAAGCAGGGCCCAAAAUUGGUUUUGGGCCUCCCUUUUGAAAUCAGGGUCGCCCCGCUAAAAUACCCUGUUGGCCAGGGUACCAAACACUGGCUGGCAGUCUGGUUUUUCUGGGUAGAUUUUUUGCAGCCCUGUUUACACAGGGUCUUUUUAUAACCACCCUGUUGGUCCUUUGCCUGUUCUUUUAAGCCAUUGAAUACAAUAGGAGAAGUGUC